AUGAGUCUCCCGGAUGACUCUCCCCACACCCCGUCGCUCUUCCGGUGGUCGCCAUAUUCAAUUAAACGGACCAUGUUCUCAUGGCUCCUUUUAAUUACUGUGGUUUAUGCUGUCCAGCCACCUCCCUCUUACCGUCCCUUUAUUGUGAACAACUUUGAUUUGAAUGAUUACCAUUCCCAUAAUACGGUAAGCUUGAUUAAAAUAAUCUUUACUCCCUGUUUCAAUAUGAUGACGUUAUCCAGAUAUUUUAGAUUCUAAGAUUCUUGAACUCGAUACAAAAUAAUCGGAGCAGAGUUCGGUCCCUUGGGCUCUCAUCCGAACAGAGACAUAUUCCAAUUGUAAAGGUAAUAACAUUUUUAUUUGGAUCUCCUUCUUACAGAUCAGUGCUCUCGACACUACCAGACCCCCUGUAGAGGUCUUCAUCGAUGCUGGCUUCCAUGCUCGAGAAUGGAUCAGCGUAGCCACGGCGCUUCGACUCAUUUACAAUGUAAACAUCUUGCUGCAAGAAUUUUAUUAACUGUUUUAGCUAUCAAGAACAAAUGAUUGGCCUUCGAAUGUCAACAUUUAUGUUGUCCCCGUCGCCAAUCCAGAUGGUUAUGAGUACACGAGGACAUUCGACCGUGAUUGGAGGAACACUCGGUCUAUUCUGGCACCCAAUUUCAGGAACUGUAGAGGCGUGGAUGCAAAUCGGAACUUCCCUUUCCAUUGGGCGGGACAAGGGACCUCAAACGAUCCUUGUUCGUAAGUAGCGUCUUCACAUUGGAUGAUUAAUUAAUGAAUUAAAAAUAUCAAGCCUAGUUCAGAGAGAUCUACCACGGCCCGCGCCCUCUGAGUGAGCCCGAGGCCAGAGUUGUCGCCCAGUUUCUCUCGAAGCACGCGAAUACCCUCAGGGCAUACAUCAGUCUCCACUCAUACCAUAAUGCGAUCUUAGUGCCCUUUGGUUAUAGAAGUAACGCCAGGCCGAGAGAUUAUGAUGAAUUGGUAUGGGAAUAUCAUGAAUCGGGGAUGCGAUUGUUUAAUUAGUAAUGUCGCAUGUUUUGUUUACAGAUGUGGACCGCCUUGGAUAUGACUAGAGCCAUGAAUUCGCUCUAUGGAAACAAUUACACGGCCAUAAACUCAGCCCAACUUUGUGGGUUUUCUAUCAUAUGAAAGAAGGAUACUUUAAAUGACAUUAUCUUUCGUAGUUUAGAUCCAGCAGCUGGCUGCAGCGAUGAUUACGCCAAAUCCCUGGGCAUCAAGUACGUGUACACGAUGGAGCUGACGACGGGAGAGUUCAAUCGACAAUAUGUUGGCUUCGAAACACCCAGAGAACUAAUCCAACAGACCUAUGAUGAAGUCCGCGCAGCUCUGUUGACAUUACUUUUGAAGGUUUCCGAGCUGUAG